UGUAGACUGGGGGGGUAAUUCGGAUUUGUUCAGCCACUUGACUCCCUCGUUUUCCAAAGAAUCACAACCCCAUCUUCGGUCUUGCAGGAUCUUAUCUCUUUCUCCCUUUGUAGAGGACGAGGAGAUGGCGAUAAAGUGAGUUACUGCACAUUUGAUUUUUUUUUUUUGGGGGGGCCUUUAAAAGUUUCAACAGGCAGCAGCUCACAGCAGCCAUGUGGAAAGUACCAAGGAGAGUUUCACUCACUGGUAGAUUGUGUUGCUUCCCCAAGGAUCCACUGGAGGAUGUGGAGACUUGGAGUGAGUCCGUGGACAAAGUCCUCAGUUGUAAAGCCGGACAGAUAGCUUUUCGGGAGUUUCUGAAGUCCGAGUACAGCGAGGAGAACAUUCUGUUUUGGAUCGCCUGUGAGGAGUAUAAAAAAAUCAAGACGACGCCAGAGAUGAUCUCCUCUGCCAACCGGAUCUACUCCGAGUUUGUCCAAACAGAAGCGCCCCGACAGAUCAACAUAGAUUGUGGCACCAGAGAAAACAUAACGAAGAACAUCUCCCAGCCUUCUCUGACUUCGUUUGAUUCGGCCCAGAAGCUCAUCUACAGUCUGAUGGCAAGGGAUUGCUACCCGCGUUUCCUAAAAUCUCACAUGUAUCAGGGACUCCUGAGGAGAAAUGAUUCGAGGUGACUCUUUUAAAACCGACAGCCUCUCAGAUACAGGCUUGCAAAAUCGUUUCACCAACUCUGAUCUUCUGUCCCACUCCUCUAGUUCAACGUGGAUAACAUGUUUUUGCCAUAAAAUCCAGAUCCCAAGUCUAGCAGAAAUAGCUUCUCAACCUUUGUGUUUUAGUAGAGAGUUGCAACUCAAAAGAAUGUGUCGCUUGUAUUAUAUAUCAUCACUUUAAUAAUUUCACGGUGAAAAAAAAAUAAAAAUCUAUACUGUGCAUGUAAUUCUUCUAUGAUUAUCUAUUUUCUCUCCUCCACCCAAUGAGUUCAUAUUAAAAAGAGUCCCUCUAUGUAAAGUAUUAUAAACCCUUGAUUGAUUACGCAAAUAUGAACCCUAUAACGCUCUAAAAAACACAUUUUUACUUUACUUUCGCAUGCAAAUAAAUAUGUGAGUGUAUUAAA